AUGUUGAAGCACGGCCGUGCGGGCGUUCCAAUGGAAGUCAUGGGCCUCAUGCUGGGAGAGUUCAUCGAUGACUACACUGUUCGAGUGGUGGAUGUGUUCUCCAUGCCUCAGUCAGGCAAUAGCGUGAGCGUCGAGGCCGUGGACCCCGUUUUUCAGACCAAGAUGUUGGACAUGCUGAAGCAGACUGGGAGGCCUGAGAUGGUGGUGGGAUGGUAUCACUCCCAUCCGGGCUUCGGCUGCUGGUUCUCCGGCACCGACAUCAACACACAGCAGAGCUUCGAGCAGCUGAACCCACGGGCGGUGGGCGUGGUCGUGGACCCCAUUCAGUCCGUGAAGGGCAAGGUGGUCAUUGAUUGCUUUAGACUUAUCAAUCACCAGAUGUUGAUGCUUGGUCAGGAGCCUCGGCAGACGACCUCAAACAUUGGCCACCUGAACAAGCCCAGCAUCACUGCCCUCAUCCAUGGCCUCAACCAUCGAACCGUCUCCAUUUGGCAAGCGAUGGCGCAACCGUCGAUGACCUCCAAGUGCUUGGCGGAGUUCAUUGGUACGGCACUGUUGGUCUUCACCGUGGAGUGCAAUGUUUUGGUGGGUUCUCCCAUCUUCGCUGGCCUCUCCAUUGGCACGGUGCUUUUCGUGGCCAUUCAGGCCCUGGGAGGCAUCAGUGGUGGAAACUUCAACCCGGCAGUGUCGGUGUCCUUAGGAACCUACUGCUUGACACAGUAUGUCGCUGGUACUGUGGCUGCGAUCACUGCCUCGCUCAUGUUUGGCAAGUCCGCCACUUUGGAAGUGACCAGCGGUUACACCAUGCUCUCAGCUGGCAUGUGCGAGCUUUUCUACACCUUCAUGCUUUGCUUCGUGGUGCUCAACGUUGCUGCAGCCAAGAAAAACCAGGAGGAGAAGGGCCAGUACUUUGCAUUGGCCAUUGGAUUUUGCGUUGUGGCAGGUGCCUAUGGUGCUGGUGCAAUCUCUGGCGGCGCUUUCAAUCCAGCGGUGGCCUUCUCUUUGGAUGUCACCAGCCUGAGUCAUGGCUUCGGGCACUGCUUCCUUUAUGUCAUCUUUGAGCUCCUGGGCGCCCUCUUGGCCGCCUUUCUCUUUAGCAAAGUGAGGCCAGGUGACUUCGAGGUACCCAGCAGCAGCACCAAGCUGCAGGAGUCGCUGCUCAGUGAGUUCUUGGGCGUUUUUGUCUUGGUCCUCACGGUGUGCAGCAAUGUCUUGGCCAAGUCACCCGCGGCAGCACUCAGCAUUGCAUGCUCAUUGUCCGCCAUGAUCUAUGCUUUGGGGGAUGUGUCAGGUGGUCAUUUCAAUCCUGCUGUCACCUGUGCCGUCUUCUUCAGCGCGCGUGACAGCACCUUCACCUCCACAAAGGCCGUGCUCUACAUGGUGGUGCAAGUGCUCUCCGCCGUGCUUGCGGCCUUGGUCGCCGUGGGCCUUUUCGGCGCGCCGAUGGGGAGCUUUGGCGCCAAGGAGCCGUAUCAUCUCUAUCAGGCGUUGUUGGCCGAGCUGGUCUUCACCUUCACCUUGUCUUAUGUGGUUCUCUCGGUGGCCGUGUCCGCUGUCACCAAGGCUUCACAUUUCUUUGGCCUGGCCAUUGGCUUCUGCGUGGUGGUGGGGGGCUUCGCGAUUGGAAAUGUGUCAGGAGGAUCUUUGAACCCUGCAGUGAGUCUUGGUUUGGCCGCCACGGGCGGCGGUGCUGUCAGCGCCACGUCCUACGUUUUGGUGGAGCUUUUGGCGGGACUCUUGGCCGCCACAGCCUUCAGUGUGACACACCCGCCGGAAUUGGAGUCUCCUGAAGCCAAGCGCAUGAUGGCUGAGGAGUUCCAUGGUCACUACUACUCCAUUGCCAUCAACUACCGAAAGAACGACCUCGAGCAGAAGAUGCUCCUCAACCUCGGCAAGAAGAAAUGGCAGGACGGCGGAAACGACGAGCAAAGGCUGCAGAAAAGGCUCUUUGAGAAGAUGAACAGCAGCUUAAGCACGGAUUGGCUCAGAGCCAAUUUGACUGGUCACGGAGGACUGGAUGGCUUGAAGUUGACGAACUUCGACACUCAUGAGAGUGACAAUGAGAAGACUGUCAAAGAGAUGCUGGAUCUCACUGAGAAAUACAACAAGAUGAUCCAGGAGGAGUUCAAGAGCACCGAGGAUGAAUUCGUUGUGAACCAGGCCGGCAAGGUGGAUGCUAAAAAGCGGCUGGAAAGGGAUAUCGAUGAGAUCAUGACCAACAACAUCUUGUUGCGACACUUCCUGUGUAGCUGGGUGGAGAAAGUGGCUGACCCAGAGAAUCGUAGACGACUGGCACAGGCAGCACCCGGCUUCGCAAGCCCCAAAAAGGCGCUCUGCCAGAGCGAGCUCCAGGGCGCUGUUUUGGCGCCGAGCGCCUCGGAGGCACCCCUUGGCACUGGCCCUCCCGCUGGCCCCAGCCUGGAAGAGCUACAGCAGCGCUUGGCAGCUGUCGAGAAAGCUUUGGAAGAGGAUGGAGGAGCGCCGCGCAAAGCUGGGUCCGAUGCACAAGUGAUGAAGAAGGUGGCGACGCGUCUCCAAGAUUUCGAAUCACAGAUCACGGCGCAGCUCUCAAACCUGCAAACGGACUUCGACAAGAAGCUCAGCCAUGUGAACCGCGGCGCCUCCUCGACCAAGCCCGUGGAUGGCGCAGGGGGGGCCGCUGGCUUGGACACCAUGGCGGAGGACCUGGACCAGCUCAAAUAUGACGUUGGUGAGCUCAAAGACCUUCUGGGAAACAACAAGGGCGAGGUGAACCACAUCCGUCGGAUUGUUUUGGCCUGCGAGCGUGACAUGGAGGACUUCACUGCUGCCAUGGAUGCGGUGAACGUGGACUUGGAUGAGAUGCGCGCACGCGUGGAUGCCACCCACUCCAUCAUUACAAGCCGUCAGCGCGUGGAGGCCACGAUGACUGCUGAGAUCUCCACCAUGCGCUUGGACAUUGGUGAUAUCCAAGAGGCCCUCAAGAACCAUGACAGCUGGAUGGAGGAUGUGUCCAACACCCUCCAGCAGAUGCAGGAAAAAGAAGAGAACUUGACUGAGGACAUCAUCAACUUGAGACUCGCCCUUAUUCGCCCUUGGCUGCGGAAACGGGCGCCAGCGGGCACUCAAGCGCACGUGGAGUUGGCCAAGUUGGCCAAGAAGCCAACGAUGACGGUGCGCGACAUGGUGAGCUCCCUGCGCUUGGACGUGGACGCACGCCGCCGCAAGGUGGAUGAGAUUUUGGCCACGGUGCGGCACGACAUCACGGCUGUGGAGACGAACCUCGAGGAGUCCAAAGCAAAGAUUACUGGCGACACAGACCAGGCGGUGAAUGCUCUCAAUGGACGCAUCGACUUCACCAACAAGGAUUUGGCGGCCACACAGGAGUCCUUGCACACCACCCAGAACUCCUUGAGCGAUUGCUUCAACGAAGUGGCUGUGGUCCGGAGCGACCUGGAAAGGAACGUGGCUGAUACAGAAGCACGCUUGAAGAAUGAUACCCGCCAGAAGCAGCAAGAAGCUUUUGAGAAGAUCGGUGCAGUGGAGCAGCAGGCGGAGCUCCGUAGCGCAGAAGCCUCUCGACGCUUGGGAGCCUUGGACUUGCGCAUGAGCGGCGUGCAGGGCGGCUUGGGCGAGCACAAGCGCGACAUCCUGAAACUUCGAGAGGAGGUGAACGGCUUGACGGUGAAGAGUGCAUCUCAUGAGGUGGACAUUCAAAAGAACAGUGAUGCCACGCGUAAGAUGGAGAAGCAACGGAACAUGGACGAGCAAAACUGGAAGGCACAGAUGGAUGCAGUGCACGACGUGUUGGACACCAAGGUCAACGAGAAGCCCUUUGAGGAUCUGAAGCAUUGCACCUCUGCACUCACCCGGGGUGUGGUGAAAUUCGCCCAGGUGGUGGGCGUGUUCCCGGGUCCCAAGUUCGAUGACGCUGAGGGAGCUGAUCAAGGUGAAGCUGAUGUGGAGCUCUUGGGCUGGGAGGAAUGCGCCGAGAACAUGUCCUUCCGCGUUGACAAGGCGUGGCGUCAACGGUGCUCUCAGCGCUUCCGCAACGUCUUGGCUCCUCGGAGGAGGGUGAACGAACUACCGUCUAUGACCGAAGAUAUGGUGGCGAAGAAGGCGGACCACAGCGUGCUGCGUUUGUUGCAGAUCUCUCAGCAGCACAUCGAAUCCCAGUUGGAACGGGUGAAGCACGAGCGGGAGUGUGGAGUCCCAGCGGGUUUGGAGUGUCGACUUAGCUGGAAAGGAACUGAGCAAAACGCGGACGUCCUUUUGGCCCCUGAAAACAUUAAUAUUGGCAUCACAUUGGGGGUGGUAGUGCCUGGUAAUUAG